AUGAAACCUACAUUUUUAAAAUGUUUGCAAGCCAUAGAUAAGGGUCAUAUUUAUAGAAAUAUUAGCAUAAUUGAUAUACACUCUAGAUAUUUGAUCAUAAAUAAGCCUUCAGGUAUCCAAUGCAAUGGAACAAAAAAUCAUUCAAACUAUCUACUUCCUCAGUUAUAUAAACAGCUAAAGACACAUUUUUCUGCAAACAACCCCAACUAUAAAUUGAAUCCAGACCAAUAUAAAAUAGUUCACCGAUUAGAUAAAUAUGUCAGUGGAGGGUUAAUUAUUGCUCGAGGAAAGAAUGCAGAUGCUUUCAGGAAAUCAUUUUCCAAGCAAAACUCCAAUUUAUCAGUUAAACGUAAAUAUAUUGGGUUGAUUCCUAUUCCUAGUGAUCUUAGCUUCAAGCAAUACUUACAUGGACUUUCAAAUCUUAGGAUUGGUUAUGAAACUGAAGCUGAAUAUUUGAAUAUUCCUGAGAAAACUAUCAAAAACGAAGAAAAAGGACUCAUUUUCAAAGAUGAUCUACUAGCGGAAGGUAUCAUAAACUUCAACAUUACUGCACUACCAAAAGACGAUAGAAAGAAUAAGAACAAUGGAGAUUUAAUGAAUUAUAAUGCUCUAACCAAAUUCAAAAUCUUGCAUUCUUUCUUUCACGAACCUACGACUGAACAGAUAUCAAAAUUUCCCAAGUUGUACAAGAAUAAGACUAUAUACCCCAUAAUAAUAGAGUUAGAAACUGGAAGAAAAAACCAAAUAAGAGAUCAUAUUUUACAAGCUUUCAAGAUACCACUAUUGAACGACGAAAAAUUUAAUGAUUUCAAAAUGGUUCAGCGUUCUAGUAACUCCAAUAUCAAUAGCGAGGUAUACGCUAGUAAUCAGAUUGGCUUGCACUCAGCCUAUAUAAGCAUUCUGAAAACUUCCUUUUCAAAUGAAUAUAUAAUACCAAUUCCGGAAGUUGAUAAACUUCUCUGGAAAGGCUUCCUCAAUGGGAAUUCAUUUAUAGAUGCUAUCGACCAUGAACUUCGAAACUUUUAG